AUGUCGACCAAACAGGGAUACAGUGCUCGAGGGGGGGCAGGAAACGCGCUCAAAGCAAGCAAAGCGAACAAGAAUCAGCAAGAGACGACGGCAAACCAACUGAUGGCGCACGAGCGCGAGGUUCUCCAGAAGCACAAGGCACAGGCUACGCCAGACUUUAAGACGGGGAGAGGAGGACUAGGUGCCAAAGGUCACGUGAAGAAGCGUGGGCUCGUUCCCAAUCACGAAGCUGCUAUUGCCAAGGAGGCUGAAGUGCGAGAACGGUGGAACGAGUACAAAGAGGCCACGGGAGCGGGAGCACGGUUCGGACGUGGAGGGUAUAAUGUCCGGAAAUCAGACAAGGGAGAUGCCAAGUCGACGUCGUCUGGGAGCAAAAGUAGGAGCGGUUCCGGAAGAGAAGCACAGCAAGAGCUAUUUCCGCCUUUUGCCGUCUCUGAGAACGAACGCAAACGAAGACGAAGAUUCUCCUAUACUCAUGCGUCGACUUCGAAUGCUUCCCAGGAUACGUGGGAUAGAGUUUCGACUUCGGACUCUAUCUACGAUAUCGCGGCAACGACCGGAAUUACUACGAGCACCAUCAACCCUGCGACUGUGCUCGACAUCAUCUCGGCUCGUCCCCUUUCCCCACAGCUCUCAUCUCCCAGGAACUUGACAUUUCAAGACACGCAAGGGCGUGCACCAAACGAGGUUGCGCCGUUUGAUGAACCUUUGGUACCCCCCUCGUCAUCAACACCCUCUGUCGACCCAUCGAUGCAAGCUGCAAAGGCUCCUAAAAAGAAGCAGUCGACAUCGAUUUUACGCUCUCUCAAGGGGUUAAGCCUCGGCAAACCAAAGGAGGGCAAAGCCGGAAACCCACCAUUCCCGUCUCGACCUCCGAAUCCAUUCUACAGCAGCAAUGAUCCAACACUCUACCCGCCGAGAUCGCCUAGCGCAGCCUCGUUCGCUCUGUCGAUGGUCAACAGCUCACACCGUGAUUUAUCCCGAACGCCCAUGGACGUAGCUCCUAGAGUCCCUUCUGUAUCAAGAGAAGGAAUUGCUUCGAGGAUGAGUAGUACGCACGCGUCGACGUCUGCGGCGAGUAGCAUGACUUCGGCGUAUCAUUACCCCCCUCGCAUACCGCAUCCAUACGCUUCCGCCUCUGUUGUGACAAUCUCCACAAUGGUAUCUACAACCAACGAGUCACAUUCGAUGUCCGCCCCCGUGGCUUCAAAACCGCAAUCGGAGCAACCAACGUUGGCUGCCUCUGCGGUGUCGAGUCAUCCUCAACCCUCCACUCUUUCUAUGCCUCCUACAAGUCAAUUUCCCAAACCAACGACGCAGAAGCGACCCUAUAGGCCACUUCCUACCCCUCCAACCGUGCCUCCAGCCACAACGUCGGGUCUUCCAUCUCCACCUACUACACCAUAA